UGGGAAUUUGGAAUGCUGUCUCUGCACGCCCUGCGCAAGUCUGUCUUAAUUAGUAACAAGCCCGACAUAAUCCCUUUAUCAGUUACCAACCUUAUCAUUGCUUAACAUAAGCACGAUUUGCGCUGGGCAAAAAAAAUAAAGCACAAUUUGCUUUCAAUGUCACAUAGUUGACUUUCUUUUUUUUAGUUGAAGCUCGACAGACUAUAAAAAGUUCUACAUUUAACCAAAGGUGGUGAUACUACAAUACUCUAUAUAAACCAGGGAACGUGGGAGGUUCAUUUAGCCGUAGAUUAUUCAGAGUAAAGCAAUCCCGUUAUUUCUAAGGAAAUCACCAAUGGACAGAAGUUUGAUAUUGGCCUGGAUUUUGGUCCUCUGCACGGCAACGGCUCCAUCGGGUUGCAGAGGUUAUUACUCCGACAGCGUCCCAUAUGUUCCCCCGGUAGAGAGAGUAACCCAUCUCCACUUCUUUUUACAUGACACUAUGAGCGGCAAAAACCCUUCUGCAGUGAUGGUAGCACGUCCAAACAUGACAACCGCCUUCAACAACACACCGACGCCCUUCGGCAGCGUGUUCGUGACGGAUGAUCCAAUGACCGUUGGUCCACACCUAACAUCAGAGGUCAUUGGAAAUGCUCAAGGCCUCUGGGCAUCGACUGGCCAAGACGUUCCAUCUCUGACAGUGUACAUGGAUUUUGGGUUUACUCAGGGUAAAUUCAAUGGUAGCUCUAUCAGCGUUUUCUCGAGGAAUCCAAUUACACAGACGAAGCGUGAGCUUGCGGUGGUCGGAGGGAGAGGAAAGUUCAGGAUGGCGACAGGGUUUGCAGAGCUUAAGACUUACUUCGUGAAUUUUACGAGUGGUGAUGCCAUUGUGGAGUAUAAAGUGACUGUGAUUCAUCACUAAGAUGACAUUUGCCAGUUGUCUUCCAUGUUUGUCUAGUCAUAGUUUUUGUUUUUUUUUCCUACCAAUAAGGUUGGCUCCAUGAUUGCUAUCAUGAUUUUCAAUUGUUUGGGGUUCAGCCCACUUCAGGAAGAGAUUAUUACCCUUUUAUGAGCUGAUUCGAUCUUUCCUAAUAAAAUUCACUUUGUUGUGAAAAA